CCAUUACAUCGUAAAUAUAUCAAGAUGGCUGCCCUACGAAAAUCCGAAGAUGGACCCAAAAGCAGCAGCACAAAAGUUGUCGAUUUGACAGAUAGUCAAUCCACAACUCGGAGUGUUUCGCCGUCGGAACUCAACACGUUAAUGGAACGCUUGUCAUGCAAACCCGUCUACAAGCCAGAUUUAAUAUCAAAAAUCACAAAAACGCACAAAGUCAAUGCAGAAAGGCGCAAAGCUCAGAUCGUCGAAGAAAAAAAACAUUACAAUCUACGUAGCAAUAAGACAGAUGAGGCGAUGAAAUCCUUCCGGAAACGCUCUUCGGGCAUUUCUGAGACUGUGGAUCAACUUAUGCAACGCAUCGACGACGGAAUCGAGGAAGAGGAGGAAGAAAAAAAAGUCGCAUAUCCCCAAAUCACAGCUGAACAUCAAAAAAUUAUCAAAUAUGCAUUGUACGGAGAUGCUCCGGACAAAGUGAUUAUCGAAAAGUUCAAUCUGCGAAUCACGAGAAACGAUUUGAACACGCUCGUAGGUGUCACGUGGUUAAAUGACAAAGUAAUUAACUUUUAUAUGAACCUCCUGAUGAAACGGGCGAAACAAAGAACGGAUCUUCCGAAGGCGUAUUGCUUCGAUACGUUCUUUAUUCCGACGUUGAUGCAGCGCGGGCAUGGCGGCGUACGUCGCUGGACCCAAAAAGUCGAUCUUUUUUCGUACGAUUUGAUUCCUGUGCCCGUUCAUGUGGGCGGCGCGCAUUGGUGCAUGGCAAUUAUCCGGAUGAAGGAGAAAAUUAUUCGGUAUUACGAUUCGAUGGGAAAUCCGAAUCAGCAGGUGCUCGAUGCCCUUGAGCGAUAUUUGAUCGACGAGUCCAUGGAUAAGCGGAAAAUCGCACUCGAUACGAGCGAUUGGAAGAAGGAGAGUAUCAGAGACUGCCCGCAACAACGGAAUGGCAGCGAUUGCGGCGUCUUCAGUUGUAUGAAUGCGGAACACUUGACGCGAAAUGCACCACUGAAGUUUAGUCAGAACGAGAUGCCCUACUUUAGACAAAAAAUGGUUCUGGAAAUUGCCACGGGCAAGCUACUCACUUAACUCGUUUAAAUCAUCUAAAAUAUCUCUUUUACUCCAAUCUAACCUUUUUUUAUUAUUAUUUUAUUAUUAUUAUUAUUUAUUUAUUUGGGUGUUUUAUAAAUGUCUUGUUAUCAAU